AUGGGGUCCAGGGCUGAGCUGUGCACUCUAUUGGGCGGACUCUCAUUCUUCCUGCUACUGAUGUCAGCCCAGGGGGCCAAGGGUGGAUCCCUUAAAGACAGUCAGGGGGUCUGCUCCAAGCAGACACUGGUGGUCCCGCUGCGUUACAACGAGUCCUACAGCCAACCUGUGUACAAGCCUUACCUGACCCUGUGUGCUGGGAGGCGUGUCUGCAGCACCUACAGGACCACUUACCGGGUGGCAUGGCGGGAGGUGAGGAGGGAGGUGCAGCAAACCCACGCAGUGUGCUGCCAGGGCUGGAAGAAGAGGCACCCUGGGGCACUCACCUGCGAUGAAGCCAUUUGCGCCAAGCCCUGCCAAAACGGAGGCGUCUGCAUUCGGCCGGACCAGUGCGAGUGUGCCCCCGGCUGGGGUGGGAAGCACUGUCAUGUGGACGUGGAUGAAUGCAGGAUGGGCGUCGCCCUCUGCUCGCAUGGCUGCCUCAACUCUGCAGGCAGCUUCACCUGUGGCUGCCCCCAGGGCCUGGUGCUGAGCCCAGACCAGCGCACCUGUGUGGAGGGCUCUCCGGAGCCCCCAACCAGUGCCAGCAUCCUCAGCGUGGCAGUGAGGGAAGCGGAACCAGGUGAGCGCACCCUGAGGAGGGAGAUUAGGGAGCUGCGAGGGCGGCUGGAGCGGCUGGAACAGUGGGCUGGUCAGGCUGGGGCCUGGGUCCGAGCGGUACUGCCUGUGCCACCCGAAGAGCUACAGCCUGAAGUGGUGGCAGAGCUGUGGGGCCGGGGCGACAGGAUCGAGUCUCUCAGCGACCAGGUGCUGCUGCUGGAGGAGAAGCUGGGUGCCUGCUCCUGUGAGGACAACAGCCUGGGCCCAGGUCUCCACCGCAGGCGGAGAUAAAGGAAGCAAUAAAGGAACCGCUGCAAAGCCCCUGCCCCCUAAUUUAUACAGAAAGUGGACUCACUAAUCCUUUGGGAUUGGAUGGCUGGAGAGCUGCAGAUUUUUAUCUGCCACUAAGAGGCAAGGAGCACCUUGCCUGACGAAGGUGGGCAGACUGCCUGGGCAAGAACUGCUCCUUCAACUCCUUAACAGACACAGCCAGAAAGUGCCCAGAUCUCUCUGAAGCUUUAUUCUUCAUUUCUUGCUGUUAUCCAGAUAAUUAAUAAAACCAACCACGCAAA